GUAACAGAGGUGAUGCAAUACUCAACAGUGAUUUGUAGUAGUCCAGGAUAAUCCUGCUCAAACACUGAAUCCUGUUGUCUCCUAGUAUUAACUGUUAAACUUUGUUCAGUUAGGUAUGAUAAAAUUAAUCAUUUUAACAAUGUGCUGUGCUAUUAUGUAUUAUUAUUAAUCAUAAAUUAAUUAUUGUGACUGUGUGAAGUGCUAAGGUAUAUUAGGCUAAUGAUCUGUGACAACCAUUAUCUUUUGUCAGGAAACAAAUUAAUUGUUUAUAUACAGAAGAAUAUUUCUAAAAUACUACUCAUACAAAAGAAUAAAAACUUGUCUUGUUGCUUAUGUUUCAGUAUUUUUAAUAAAUCACACUUAAUCACACAUUGGUAACAUAAGCUUCUACAGGAAUUGCAAAUUAUUUUGUUUUGAUUUCAAGACUAAACUGUUUCGAAGAUAAUGAAAACAGUUAAGUAUAUAUGAAUAUAACUAUAUAUUUUGCACAAUGAAUUAAAAUACAUUUUAAACAUGGUAUUAGAUUUGGAACUAUUCCGUGUUGAUAAAAAAGGAAAUCCUGAAAUAAUUAGAGAAAACCAAAGAAAGCGAUUUAAAGAUGUCACUCUUGUUGACAAAGUUGUUGAAAAUGAUAUCAACUGGAGAGAAUUGCGGUAUAUUUGUGACAAAUACAAUUCUAUAAAAAAAUUAUGCAGUAAAGAAAUUGGAAUAAGAAUAAAAAACAAUGAAGAUUCUGAUGAAAAGUUAGAAGUUGUAAAGAUAUUGUCUAUUGACAGUUUCAAACCAGAAGUACUCAAAUCAUCAAGUAUUACACAGAUAAAAAAUUUCAAAUAUUUCCUGGAUAAAUCAAUGAAUGAAUAUGAAGAUAAGAUGAACAUUUUGGAAAAAGCUCGAAAUGAAGCCCUCAAAGAAAUUGGCAAUAUCCUUCAUCUCUCAGUACCCAUUAGUAACAAUGAAGACAAUAAUGAAACCAUAUUCACAUCAGGUAAUGUGAGUAUUUAUAAAAAGUAUUCUCACGUAGACUUGGUUCAGAUGAUCGAAGGAGUGGAUACGGAAGUUGGACCAGAGGUGUCCGGGAAAAGGGGUUAUUAUCUUAAAGGCCCUUGUGUACUGCUUCAAAUGGCCUUGGUACAGUUUGCUCUGCAUAAAUGGUUUUCAAAAGGGUACCAACCAAUCUAUACACCUUACUUUAUGCGGAAAGAAAUCAUGCAGGAAGUAGCUCAAUUGAGCCAAUUCGAUGAAGAGCUUUACAGGAUUGUUGGGAAAUCAGUAAAUGGAGAACAAGAAAGUUUAGAUCAAGAUGAGAAGUAUCUGAUAGCAACCUCUGAACAACCAUUGGCAGCAUUACAUAGAGGUCAGUGGUUACCAGAAACAUCUCUUCCAAUACGAUAUAUUGGACAGUCAGCCUGUUUUCGGCAAGAGGUAGGCUCACAUGGUAGAGAUACAGGCGGUAUAUUCAGAGUUCACCAAUUUGAGAAGAUUGAGCAAUUUGUACUUACUUCACCCUUUGAGGAGAAAUCUUGGGAGAUGAUGGAUGAAAUGUUGGAUAACUGCAAGGAAUUUUAUGAUCAAUUAGGUAUUGCAUACAGGGUAGUUAAUAUUGUUUCAGGAGCCCUUAACAAUUCUGCCUCAAAGAAGCUUGAUCUUGAAGCUUGGUUUCCGGGAUCUGGAGCUUUUCGGGAACUUGUCUCCUGCAGCAACUGUCUUGACUACCAAUCGAGAAGACUUCUUGUUCGUUAUGGACAGACAAAGAAGAUGAACGAACCACAAAGCUUUGUACAUAUGUUGAAUGCAACUGCUUGUGCUACAACCCGUGUUAUCUGUGCUGUCCUGGAGACCUAUCAAAUGGAUGAAGGCAUUGAGAUUCCAGGAGUGCUCAAGAAAUACUUUCCUCAAGAUUAUCCUGAUGUAAUUCCAUUCAAAAAGGUAUUUCCAUUACUGCCAAAAGACAACAAACAGCAGUAAAUUUAUUAUAUACACUAUAUUUUUAUUAAUCUUGUGGACAAGAUUAUACUUUUAGUUUUACGUAACUGUCACCAUUAAAACUGGAAUACAGGUUCCUUAUUAAGGCACUAAAUAUUUUUCUUAAUCUGUCCAUAAUUCUUAUAAUAAGAUCUAACAACAAAAACCAACUGUAUAAACAUAUAGUGAGUAGACCUACAUAUAAGUUUGAAACUUAAUUUUUCAUUAUAACAUUGUACUCAGAAAAGUUAUACUUGAGAAAAUCUUGUAUCUUAAGAAUUGUUCUAUGUAUUAACUAAGAAAUUUAAAACAUCUGUGUUCAGGUUUAGAUAAUAAUAAUUGUUGUUAAUUUUCAAUAUGUAAUGCAAUUAAACAAAGAUUAUUGAAAUAAAUGGGUUUAAUUUUUAAAUAACAUAGGUAAAUUAUAGUUAAAGGUAAUCAAUGUAUUGUUUCUCCACUUAAUUAUUUAAAUAUUGUUAUUGCAAAAUGGUUUAAAAACUAUAUACGGUU